CCUUUUUUUUUUCUGCCAGCUUCAACCUAGAAAACUAAAAAGCGGCCGCCUUCAACAGACCCGCCAAACCAAGCCAAAAUAACAAAGCGCGGGACAGUCGUAAAGCUUUCUCGCCUACUUUCAAUCGAUCCAGUGCUGAAAUACAUACAAAAAAUGGGUCACAACAAGCCCCGGCGGUUUAAAACCCAUCAUUCUCAUCGGGGACAGUCAAGCCGAACCCAUCAAUUCCAAAGGGAAGAUGAUUCUCUCCCACCUGAUCAGCCUCCUGAAGAGGACCCAAAUGUUCCAAAAAUUCAACUUGCCAUGUGGGAUUUUGGACAGUGCGAUGCAAAAAGGUGCACUGGGCGGAAACUUGCGAGAUUUGGGAUGUUGAAAGACUUGCGUGUGAAUAGUGGUUUUGGGGGCAUUGUUUUAAGUCCUGUUGGUAGUCAAUGUGUCUCAAAAGAAGAUUACGACUUAAUGAAGAGGAAAGGAUUAGCUGUUGUGGAUUGCUCAUGGGCACGCCUGAGUGAUGUACCCUUCGUGAAGCUGCGGGGUGGUGCUCCUCGCUUGUUUGUCCUGUUUUACGAAUUUGAUGAGUGUCAUGGAAUUGCAGUGCCGUGGCUAGUGGCUGCAAACCCAGUAAAUUAUGGUCGACCAUGUCAGCUAUCAUGUGUAGAAGCUUUAUCUGCAGCUUUACUGAUAUGUGGGGAAGAGGAAACUGCGAAUUUGUUGUUAGGCAAGUUCAAAUGGGGUCAUGCCUUCCUGUCCCUCAACAGGGAACUUUUGAAGGCAUAUUCUGAAUGUGAAAAUAGUGGUGAUAUCAUUUCAGUCCAAAAUUCUUGGCUUUCCCAACAAAGUCAGGUUCCUAAGGUUCUGCCAGAUGCAGAAGGUAAAUUUACUUUUGCAGUUGUCAAGCCAAAAAAAGAAGAAGAAAUUUUCCAUAUAACCUUUAAGCAACAUCUGCAAAUUUUUGUGGAACUGAGAAUAGGAGUAUAGGAUGAUGAUUAUGACAACAACAAUCUAAUGCUCUUUCCUACCAUAUGCGGCUGGUUACAGUGGGUCCUAUUAUGCCAUUGUGCUAUGCUUAGGACCAUAACUUGAGCAAGUUGAGUAAAAGCAAGGUCCUUUUUAAUAGUUUCCACCUAUGUCUUCUUUGGUCUUCACCUCCACCUUUUGGCGCAUACAUUCUGCAUUUAUUCAUAUUUUGGGGUAUUUCUAGACCUUCUCACAUUUUGAGACCACCAGAAGUGUAAAUUUCUCAUUUUGUCAUCAGCCCAUGCUAUACAAUUUUUUACCAGGAAUGAUGUCAAUUCUGAUCUUUGGCUUACACCAGCUGAAUUAC